AUGCCGACCACAAAGAGAACAGUGUUGGUUACAGGCUUUGGUCCAUUUGGUGUCCACAAGGUAAAUGCCAGCUGGGUGGUUGUACAGCAUUUUGCUAAACUUGGCCUUGGCGAUGAUGUCCGGCUUGUGGUGAGGGAAAUUCCUGUUGCAUAUGAAAGUGUCAGGACUGUCAUACCAUCCCUCUGGUCUGAAUUUGAUCCUGUCUUGGUCAUUCAUGUGGGUGUGUCUGGUGUUGCAAAUGAUUUGACCCUUGAACAACUUGCUCACAACAAUGGCUAUGUUCUUGAUGACAUCACUGGCAACUGUCCAGAGGGUAACUGCUGUGUUGUUGGUGCUGAGCGUGUUAUCAGUUCAGAAAUUGACAUGCAGGAUGUUUGUGAUUCUGUCAAUAACACAAAUAAAAUAACAGCUGUUACAUCAGAUGAUGCUGGCAGGUACCUCUGUGAUUUUUCUUACUACACAUCCCUUUAUAUAAACCGAAGACGCUGUGCUUUCAUUCACGUUCCUACUCUUGAUAAGCGUUAUACUGCCGAAGAACUGGCCUAUGGUCUGAAAGUAGCAAUUCUGUCAAUGCUAGAGCAGAUCUCCUCCUGA